AUGUGUUUGGUACGCAAGCCUGCUUUUGUUCAAGAAUUUGGUUUUGUACGUGUUCAUCCUGCAAUGUUUGGAUGGUUCAGGAUCCAUUCAAUGUACUGCUAUGAUGUGAACUUAUUUCGUGACCGUUGGCUUGGGCCACCUGGUGCGUUGGAAGCUUUUUGGAAUGCGCAAAGAUCCAACCCUUGGUUUCAAAACCAUCCCAUUCUGUCGGACCCAGAUAUCGAUCUGAGCACAGUGUUUCCAGUUCUGUGUCAUGGGGAUGAUGCUGAUUCGCACCGCAGAAGGAGUUUCACGGUGUUGACCAUAGGUAGCCCACUUACUCGAGGAAGAUCUUCCUGGGAUGAACGCUUUCUCAUAUAUGUCAUGGAUGUCAAUCGAAGUGUGCCUGAAACCUAUGAUUGUCUCGAUGCCUGGGUGGUUUACUCACUUACAGAAUUGCAAGAGGGCAGGUUCAUGAAUGUGGAUGCAUAUGGGCAGCCAUAUGAACGUUCGUUGUCUGGACCUAUCUGUGGUCCAUAUCGAGGGGUCCUUUUUGCGUUGAAAGGAGAUCAGAAAUAUCUGCAACGUGCCCUAAAGCUGACAACUUCGUGGGUUAGUGAUAAAUGCUGCAUGUACUGUGAUGCGAGAACGAGUGGGCCCAACAUAUACACCUUUUUUGGUGAACAUGCACCUCAUAGAGCGACCUUGAAAACAACAAAUGACUUCAUUGUGAAUGGCAGCCGCCCAAAUCAUUGGGUAAGAUGCCCUGGCUUUGACAUUUCCAUGGUGUUUACAGACUGGCUUCACUUGGUUGACCUAGCACUUACUCCAGAAAUUGCUGCAAGUGCCAUCGUGGAGCUCAUCAAGAAUGAUGACGUCUGGCAGGGCGAUACUCAGGAAGAACGACUUCGGCAGGCACAUGUGGACUUUGCGCGUGAGUGCAAAAGACACCGGAUCAGUUUGGCACGUGAGGCCAUUGAGAAUGAGAUCAUGUUAUACAAGAUCAGGCCAAAAUUCCACCAGUUGCUGGGAUACUACACAUUUGUUUAA